CCUCACAGUGGUGAAAUAAAAACGAGGCGUAAAGUUGUCUUUGUGUUCGUUCCUGUUUUUAUUUUAUCUAAAAAUAAAUCAACGACAAUAUUUCAGGUUUCAGGUAUGUGUUUCAGCAUACUUUUAUCUAUUUUUUGUUUGUUUUUGAGUCUAUAAAAUACUCGUAAAUCAAAGACUAAAGAGAACUUUCAGACAAAAUAAUGAAGUAAAUCAGAAGAUUUAUGGUUUGAAAUUUUUUUUAACUUUACUCAUUGGUUGGAUCAUCAGUAACAACAAACAAAAUUAAAGUAUAACAAUGAUUUAAAAAAAAGGUGUAAAAUACACAACUAUAAUAAAAACAACACCAUUUAUAAACAUCAUCCAAAGUUAAUAAAUUAUAAUAGUAAUUAUCAGAAGAAGAAGAAAAAGAUGAAGAGAAGAACAAAUGAUGUUUUUUUCAAACACGUAUCACUUCAUUUAAUGUUAAUUUUAAGUUUUCAUUGGUCAUCUUUAAGUCUUUUUUGUUGAAGCAAUGUUUUUAAAAUAUCUUUAGAAUAUUUCCUAAAAAAAAUUUUAUUUAUUUUUUUUACUUUAAAAAAUCAACAACAAUAUUUCUACUUUAGCUUGUACCGUUUCAGGUAUGUGUUUUGCAUAUUUUUGUAUUUUUUUGUUUGUAUUUGUAUCUAUAAAAAUACUUGUAAAUCAAAGAUUAAGGGAACCUUCAGACAAAAUUAUGUAGAUUAAGGGACUGAAAAGUAGUUUUAAAAAUUGAACAUAACUCAUUGGUUGGAUUGUUGGUAACAACAACAACAACAAUAAAGGGGGGAAAAAAAGCAUUCAUGAAAAAUGAGUAAAAUGCACAACCGGAAAAUUGACUCUCUCCCUCUCUUCAAAUCCAGACUCAAAACCCACAUGUUCAGAUCAGCACACUCCUUAUAAUUCACCUCGUCAUGUUUUUGUUUGUUUUUUUCAUACAUACAUUUAUAUACAUUUUUCCCUACUUGUUUUAUUUUCUCUAUUGCUUUUAUCCUGCUUUUUUUACUCUGUAAAGUGUCCUUGAGAGUCAAGAAAGGUACUCAUAAAUUUUUUUAAUCACUUUUAUUAUUAUUAUUAUUAUCAUUAUUAUUAUUAUUAUUAUUAUUAUUAUUAUUAUUACUAGUAGUAGUAGUAUUACAUCUAUAAUCAAAACAGCAUUUAUAAACAUCAUACCAAAAACAUCAGAUAAAUGAUAAUGAUAAAAAUAAAAAGGAGAAGAAGAGGAGGAAAAAACAAAUCACCUUUUUUGAUGCAUUUAACUUUAUUAAAUUUUAACUUUCCAUCAGUCAUUUUUAAUUUCUCAUUUUUGUUGAAGCAAUAAGAACAAAAUAACUUCUGCUAACUAUUCAUAAGCCAUUUCAUAAUUAAAUUUUCCUCUUGUCGGUGUGUUGUUGUCUCCUGUUGCAGUAAAGAGGUGCAGACGUCCUCGCAGAAAUCCUCUCUAAUCCCUCCAUGACCUCUGAGAGAAGGAGACCUGCAGGAGCACGAGCGCAGAAACAGCUCCGAGCUCGUGAAGUUUACACCUGAACCACGAGGAGUGAGUACCUGUCUACCUUCCACCAUGGAGGAGCAGAGGUUCACCUCCCCAGGACUCCACCUGGACCUCAACAACUUUGACUCCACAGAGGCAGAGAGGAGCCGGUACGUCCUGACGAGUCCCCGCUCUCUGGAGUCCUGCGCUCGGCUGGGGAUCAGACCGGUGGCUCUCCUGAUUAAAUCCUUAAACGAGCUGAUAGCCGAGCAGCAACAGGCGCCCUUCGAGGCAGUUAAAGUGAUGCAUGAGACCUACGAGAAGGAGAGGACGAAGCUUUUACAAAUGUGCAGGGGGGAGAGGGAGAGGAUUAUCAGGGAGGAGGGGGAGGGGGACAGGAGGAGGCUCAGCUGCAGCAAAGUGUCUCCAGGCCUGCAGGAGGAGUCAGCAGAGACUGUCCCGUAUGCAGAUCUGUGUUUAAAGAGUCAAUCUGUGAGUAAAUCCACCUGUUCAGGUGUGGGCACCUCCCUCAGAGACAGGAGCACAGUGUGCAGCUCCAGGCUGGGAGACCUCCGACACUCCCCCAGGACUGAGAGGAAACUCCAACAGCUGACCGAGGACAUCAGGAGGAAGAUGUGUGUGAUCCUACCUGAGAGGGACCGUAAGAUCGCUGCUCUAAUGCUGGUCAAACACGAGGAGGAGGAGGAGAGCCUGAAGCUGUCCCUGCAGGAGGAGCAAGAGAGACAGGAGGCCAAGAAGAAGGAGGACGAGAAGCGUGCCCAGGCUGAGAAACAGAGGAGGAGGAAGCUGAGGCUGAGCGUGAAGCACUGGAACAAGGAGCUGCAGGCCCGGAGGAGGCUGAAGGAGAGCCAGGAGCAGGAGAAGAUGGGACACCUGAAGCAGGAGGUGCUGCUGCAGGAAGACAGGUGGAGGAGGCUGAAGGAGGAGGUGGAGGCCCAGCGUCAACAGAAGAUGGAGGCCGUGCAGAAGGAGGCACAAGACCGGAAACGCUACCAGGAGAAGCUUCUGAGACAGAAAGAGGAGGUGGAGAUGAGGGAGCGAGAGAGGGAGAGGCAGGUGGCAGCGGAGAAGGAGCACAAGGCCAGGAGGAGCAGAGCGCAGCAGGGGGAGAAGGAGAGGAGGAGGCUGCAGGAGGAGAACCGAAAAGAGCUGCUGAGACACAUCCUCCUGAAGCAGCAGGUGGAGCAGCAGAUGGAGGAGGAGGAGGCGCACAUGAGGAGCAUACUGGAGAUGAAGCAGCAGCGCUCCUGUGAGAAACGCGCUCAGGUCGCAGAGGCGCGUCUAAAGGAGCUGAGGGAGCGGGCAGAGCAGGAGGAGGAGCAGAUCCAGAGAGUCCAGCUGAGGGCCAAACUGCAGAACGUCCAGAACCUGACCCAGAAACAGAUCCUGGUCCAGCUGAGCCAGAGACGCUCCCAGAGAGCCGCCAUCCACGCCUCCACCCAGAACCACACCAGAGCGCUGCAGACACAACAACGCAACCAACACAGGCAGCUCCUCCACCUGAGGCUGAGGGAGAAGAUCCAGAGGGAGGAGGAGGAGGAGAGGAAGGUCAGAGAGAGCGCCGUCUUCAUGAAGGACUGGAGGAGGGAGAGGCUGAGGAGGCAGAGGGAGCAGAUCCAGGAGGAGGCCAACAGGCUGGUCCGGGCCUCCUUCCACAUGAGGGACCAGGUCAGGCAGCAGACACACAAGCGGACGUUUGAUCGGAUGGUUCGGGAGGCCCAGCUGAGCGCCGCCAUGAGCCGCAUGAAGAUAUGACCUCUGACCCUGACUGUAGAGAGGCUCCCAGACCGCCUCCAUGUGACCUCCAUCUACCCAUGAUCUGAUCCUGAAACCACAUGUUGGUACCGGCUUCACUCAGAGACAAACGGACCUUCUCAAAGUGCCAAAUCUUUUACACGUUCAUAAAAACAGGUCGAGUUUUUAGAGUUUUGAGUCUUCUGAGGGUUUGGAGCUGCAGGUCGGGGAGUGAAGGGUUAACUUUGGUCUGCAGCAGCUGGAGUGUUUGAGGGCUGACAUCAGAGUUUAGGAUUCGACAUGUGCUGCAGAUAAGAAGAGAGGAAUUAUGGAGCAAUUCAGGGAGAGGAAGGUGAGCCAAAGGAGGAGACCAGACUGAUGGUUCAUGUUUACUUCAGUGUUAUGGACGAGAGUCUU